GUAACAACGCUCAUACUAUGUAUGUCCUGGAGUAUUGGAACGCAUAAAAUAAAAAAAUAAAAAUCAGGUAACAGGCAACAACACAUAAAAUUUGUUCAAGAUGGAUUCGUGCGAAAAUUGCGAGUUAAACGUAACGUCAUUCCUGAGAAUGAAUGAAGACGAACUUAAAGUAUUCCUCAUUAACCACGGUGUUCUAAAGAGCCAGAAACUUUGUCCGAAUUGUGGAAAGAGUUGUAUCGUGUCGGGAAAAUAUUUUAUUUGCCGCAAAAUCCGAACGGAAGUAAAACAUAAGAAAAAGAAAAAGAUUCAGUGCUCAUUUAGGCGCAGUAUAUACAGCGGUACAUUUUUUUCCGGCGCUCAACUUAGCCUGGACCAAGUUUGUCGAUUCGUACUAUUUUUCAUUACGACGAAUCAACCCAAAACCAACUUCCUCCAGGAGGAAAUAGCCAUCAGCCGACAUACAGUGGUCGACUGGACCAAUUUUACGCGGGAAGUCUUGAUGCAUUGGGCAAUUGAAAAUAGCGACGGUAUGCUAGGUGGUGAGGGGAGAGUGGUCGAAAUCGACGAGGCUCAGAUAGGCCACCGAAAGUUCAAAAAUGGAAGAUGGAUUGAGGGACAGUGGGUUUUCGGCUGUAUAGAACGCGAUACGAAAAAAAUGUUCGUCGUGCCCGUCAAGGAUCGUACUAGAGAAACCCUGCUUGAGGUAAUCAAGCGAAGAAUUGCUCCAGGGUCCGUAAUCUACACGGACUGCUGGAAAGCAUACGACACCUUGGAAGAGCAUGGGUAUACUCAUGCUCGUGGGAAUCAGAGUCAAAAUAUUGUAGAUGCAUUAACGGGAGCGCAUACUCGAAAUAUUGGGCGACAUUGGCGUGAACUGCGCUCAAAAGUGCCAAAAUAUGGCAGAGUGGAGGAGCACUUGGAAGGCUAUAUUGCCGAAUUCCUUUUCCUGCGCAAAUACCCGAAAAUCAGUGAACGCAUUCACAACAUAUUCAAGGCAAUAGGCUCCUUGUAUGCACCCACUAAUUAAAAUAAACUUUUGUUCUACUUCUUGGGUUUCAAAUUUAGUGUUAAAAGCGUGAACAGUUAAUCAAACUGUAAAUAAAAUAAUUGUAUUGGAUAAAUUUAGUUUUUUAAUGGAAAAAAUAUCUUAAACGCACCAGCAAAACUUAACUACACAGUAUAAAACGACAUAAAUAGAGUUUUAAAAAUUUGAAUCGCAAGCUUAAGUUGUACAAGCAAACUUAAUAGCAAAAUUAAAAAAAAAUUAUUAAUUACCAGUUAUGAAAAACUCCAACCAAGUUGAGAAAUAAAAUUUAAAAAUAAAAAAGAAAUGCGAACAAAAAACAGAGCAAAACUAUAAAAUCAAAAGGAAGCGCCGAAUAGCAUCAAAAAAAUAAAAAUAAAACUCGUAAAUAAUACGAAUGACGCGUGAAACUGUUGCUGCAGCAGCGUUACAAAUCGACGGACAUACAACGGCAGCUGACAGCAACACAUGUCUGAGUAGACAGGCAACAACAACAGCUAAAACAGCAACACCAAUUGCCCCAGCUUUGGCAGUGAGGACGAAACGUGAAAAUCGCUUGCGAGGACAUUUGUCGAAAUUGAAUUCGACAACGGCUACAAUAACAAAAGCAACCACAAAUUGUUACAACUCUUACGAACGCGAUACGGCGCGUCCAACAACAUUAUUGAAAACAAUAACGACGACGACGAGUAGACGCGGCGAUUUUAUUGUAUUGCAUUAAGAUUGCAAAGAAUUUUUGCAUUGCAUUGGGUUAGCGAAUACAAAUGAAAACGUCGCUUGUGAACGCGUCCGAUUUCGACUACUCCAGUCGCCCCGUACAGUACGAGGGCGAACAACGGCGCGUACUACAGCAAUACGAGCAGCAGUCUCAGCUGCAACAGCAGCAUCAGGAGCGAUUGCAAGCAGCGCAAGACGACGAACAGGAACGAGAACGAGAGCAGCAACAACGCAAGCAUCAAUCGCCAUUUGUGCAGCAACAUCAUUAUCAACAACAAUAUUUGCGUCCGCAUCGUUAUCACGACGACAAUCAGUCGCAACAUAGACAACAAAAGCAGCAAAAGCAGACAUCACGACAACAACGCCAACAGGAAAGUUCUGCCGUUGCCACAUCGACAAUUGUCUAUCAGCCAUCCUCAUCGGGUUUAAAGCACUCGCCAAGUAGGUUUGCUGACGCUGAACAAGAACAACAAGAACAACAACAACAACAUCAGCAGCGACAACAAUACAUUGACAGCCGCGAAAGUACAGUCAACACUGCUGAGGUUGUAGUAGAGAGCAGCAGCGACGAUAACGCAAACGGCGAUCAUAAUUCGGCACAGAGUGUAAUUUAUAUUGAAGAUAGUAAUUGCGAUCAGCUUCAGGAUCAGCGCCAGCCGCUGAAAGAGAGCAACGGCGGCGAUAAUUGUGGCGUCAGCAGCAAAUUUGUGAAUAACCUAAACGAGACAAGUGUUGUUACUUCGACGAAGAAGCAGCAGCAGCAAGCGUCAACGAUACGCUAUUCAUCCUCCUCAUCCUCCGCAGCGGCAGCAGCAGCAGCAGCGUCGAGUAAAUAUCAACAGCAUCAGCAGCAGCAGCAACAACGUCAGCUGCAGAAGUUAUCGAGCAAACGCAAGCGCGAGAAAGAGUGUAAUUGCGGUUGCCUUGAUUCAUAUACAUCGUCCUCCUCGUACAUUGCCUCAAGCUCUACGACUCGUUGUCAAAGCACUAGUAACGAAGCUGCCGGAGUUGGUGUUAUAAGUAGUACAACCGCAGUAGCAGCGUCAGCAGCAUCUGCUUCAGCGCAAACGGCAUCCACCAAUUCGGCAGCGGUGGCGGCGACGGCGACAGCGACGACGACAACGAAUAACAACAGCCUCAAGACGGCGCACACUAAAGUCGCCACGUCUGGGGGGCACGCCAAUACGCAGCCCCCCAGCAAACGUUCGAGCAGCGGUGCCGAUGGCGAUUAUCAGCUGGUGCAACAUGAAGUUCUCUAUUCGCUCUCCGCUGAGUAUGAGGUACUGGAGUUUCUGGGACGCGGCACGUUCGGUCAAGUGGUUAAGUGCUGGAAGCGUGGCACCUCAGAAAUUGUGGCUAUUAAGAUUUUAAAGAAUCAUCCGUCAUAUGCUCGUCAAGGUCAAAUUGAAGUGUCGAUUUUGUCGCGACUCAGUCAGGAAAAUGCAGACGAAUUCAAUUUUGUACGCGCCUUCGAGUGUUUUCAACAUAAAAACCACACAUGUUUGGUAUUUGAGAUGCUUGAGCAGAAUCUUUAUGAUUUCCUGAAGCAAAACAAAUUUUCACCUCUACCUUUGAAAUAUAUCCGGCCCAUAUUGGAGCAGGUUUUAACGGCGUUGCUGAAGCUAAAGCAACUUGGUUUGAUUCAUGCUGACUUGAAGCCGGAAAAUAUAAUGUUGGUAGAUCCUGUCAGACAGCCCUAUAGGGUGAAGGUGAUUGACUUUGGCAGCGCAUCGCACGUUAGCAAAACAGUUUGCAACACCUACUUGCAAUCGCGCUACUAUCGUGCGCCGGAAAUAAUUUUGGGUCUGCCAUUUUGUGAGGCAAUCGAUAUGUGGUCGUUGGGCUGUGUAGUGGCAGAACUGUUCCUGGGUUGGCCCUUAUAUCCGGGCUCGUCUGAGUUCGAUCAAAUAAGGUACAUAUCACAGACACAGGGUCUGCCCACGGAACAUAUGUUGAACAGCGCCUCGAAGACAUCGAAAUUUUUCUAUCGCGACGUCGAUUCGACCUAUCCUUUUUGGCGCUUGAAAACCACAGAAGAACAUGAAGCAGAGACGAAUACGAAGAGCAAAGAGGCGCGCAAAUAUAUAUUUAAUUGUUUGGAUGACAUCGGUCAGGUAAAUGUGCCUACCGAUUUGGAAGGUGGCCAAUUGUUGGCCGAGAAAACCGAUCGGCGUGAGUUCAUUGACCUGCUAAAGCGUAUGCUGACAAUUGACCAAGAGCGCCGUCUUACACCUGCUGAGGCGUUGAAUCAUUCCUUUGUACGCCUCACUCACCUAGUUGACUAUGUUUAUUGUAACAAUGUAAAGGCAUCGGUGCAAAUGAUGGAAGUGUGCCGUCGUGGCGAUUUUCAUACCGUACAACCAGCCUCUACUUUGGUUACCAAUUUUGUACCCAGCACUACCGAGAAUAUGACGUUUACCAUCAACAAUCAGCUGACCAGUCAAGUGCAGCGUUUGGUGCGUGAACGUCCGCUAGCCUAUGAAGGACUCUACCAAAUCUAUGGCGGUCGUAAUGUCGGACGGCAGUACACUCAACGGCCUGCCGAUGCCUUCCAACAUCAGCUGAAUAUAUUGUGUCCGCCCUCUUAUCAAGCUAUGCCCAGUCCCACCAAGCAUGUUGUUGUUGGUAGCGCUACAAUGCAACCACCAUUGCAAGUUCCUCCACAGCAGUAUGUGAAUGUGCCUGUACCAGUGUCAAUGGUGGAACCGGCUUCCGGCCAACGUAUGUUGCUGACUAAUCGUGUGCAAGCAAGCGGUGUGGCAUGGCCACAAAAUGGACGGCAGAUGGCUUUGGUGCCUUCAUGGCAGCAAGCACCAGCGCAUUCGUUGAUUGUUGAUUCAGCGCCAUUUUUGAACGUUGAGGAAAUUUAUCCGAAACACCAUUUGAAUAUACCAAGAAAUGAUCUCAAGAAGGAGUCGCCAGUGCAGCAUUUAGUUACGAAGAGCAACUCGUAUCGUGUGCCGCGCCAUGACAAAAAGGAGAACAAUCAACUGUCGCCUGUUAAGAAGCGUGUAAAGGAGAGCUCUCCACCACAUCAGCAGCGUUAUAAUCGCGCUUCGCAUGUUUCUCCGCAAUACCAUAGCCAUCAUAAUUGCAACUAUGGUAGCAGUUAUAAUAGUAACGCUGGACCGGUUAUCACUUCAGCUUCGUCCAGUAAUAUUGUCAGUCAGAGCAACAGCAAUGGUGGUGGGCACCAUCAUCAUAGCAGCAACUCGGCCAAUCAACAACAUGUUAUUAGCAGCAGCAGCGGCAGUAAUGGCGGGGGUAAUGGUGGCGGCUACAGCAAUAGCAAUCAUCACAUUAUCAACAAUUGUAGCAGCAACAAUAGCGUUAGUGGUGGCAAUUAUCAUCAUCAAACUCACCACUCGCAACAACAUCAGCCGGUACAGCCAUCGGUGCCACACUCGCAUCAGCAUCAUGGUGCUAUUGUAAAGCAACAGACGAUUACUAUUCACGAUACGCCAUCGCCCUCGGCUGUCAUAACGAUUUCCGAUAGCGAAGAUGAGGGGAAUGAGCCACCGGCUCCAGCACCCGUUGCGCCCGUAAUGAAGCAACGCGCACAUGCUCAGUCGCAGACCAAUCCGGCUUUAUUGCAACAUUCUUCAUCGUCUUCGUCUUGCCGCGCCAAUGGUCAUCAGCACCAGGUGCAAUCGCAGCAACAACAGCCGCAGCAUGUACACCACCAUCACCAUCAGCCCCAACCACAACCACAAGCGCAGCAACAGCAACAGCCGCCGCAUCCGCAUCAGCCACAACAGCCACAUCACCAGCACCAGCAUCAAGCUGUUAACAUCUAUGGUAAUGCAUCAACAUCCACUUCAACGUCUACUAGUAGCAUCACUAAUCAUUCAAAGGCAAAGUUGUCGCAUGAGUCACAAUCACAGUCACAAUCGCAUACGAAUUCGUAUUCGCAUUCAAAUCUAACCCAUAGCUCUGAUGUCAGCAUCAAAUGUUCAAGUAGUUCGAACAGUAGCAAUAGCCAUAGCCAUAGCAAUAUCAAUAACAGUAAUAUUAAUAGCAAUAGUCAAGGCGGUGGCGUACAUAACAAUAACAAUCAUAAUAAUAAUAACAGCAACAACAAUAGUAACAAUAGCAGUAGUAACAGUAAUCAAUAUGCCACCGCCGCCCGAAGUACGGCAUCAAAUGCUGUGCAGGGCGGAAGCGGAAGUGGAACUGGAUUUGGUGCAGGAGCCGGAGCAGAUAUUGCCGCUGGCGCCGCCGCGGUCGCCGCAUGCUCGGCACAGCAACAUGUGGUGCAACACGCACACUCGCUUCCACAUACGCACUCGCAUUCACAUCAUCAAAAUUCUCACCAUCAUCACCAGACUCCGACACAGACGCUAAUGCAGCCGCAAUAUAUUGCAAGCAAUCACCAUCAUCAACCAAUGCAGCCACAACCGCAGCCACAGCAGCAGCAACAUGCGGCUAGCAAUUGCGGCAGCAUCUCUCACAAUUCCGCCUCCACUUCCGCAACCAACACCAAUUCCAAUUCUACUUCUACUUCCACCCACCACCAUUACAAUAGCAACAAUAGCAGCAACAAUCAUCACCAUCAUGUUGCUAGCAACACUUCCUCCAUAUCCUCAAACACCAACAAUUCUUCCUCACAUUCAACAUCUUCCCUAUCCACUGUCAAUCCCUAUCCACCCGUACUAUCUUCUUCCUCCUCAUCCUCAGCCACCACUAGCAUCGCUCAUCGUCACAGCAAACACGUUCAGUUAGUAAUCCCAUGCGUAACCGUAGGUGACAACGAUACAGAGGAGGUGCGUCGUCGUAACAGUCAUGUACACAGUGGCGGUAAUAGUCCCAGGCAACAGCAGCAGCAACAACAACACCAGCAUCAGCAUCAGCAAAUACAAGCUUCAUCCUCCUCACAUCAUCACCACCAACAACAGCAGCAACAACAGCCACAUCAGCAACAGCAUCAACAUCAGCAACAAGUUGUACAGCCGCAGCCACAGCAACAGCAGCAGCAGCAGCAGCAUCAAUACCAACAGCCUGCUCAACAGCAACAGCCGAACAUAAAAUAUGAACCGGGCCAAUCGCAAAAGAAGCGCAUUUUGGCCAUGGCACAGAAUGAGUGUUACAACAAUGGCGGUAACGCAGCUGGCUGCAGUGGCAGCGGCAGCAGCUUAGGCAACCAAACAGCUAGUUUGCCACAUUUGCCAACCAAGCAGGAGCCAGCCGAAUUUUACGAGUAUCCGCCACAGCAGGCUCCUACAGUCGUAGUCGAUAACAAGCGCUCCUCAUGGGCAGCCGCAGCCACACAGGCACAACCGGCACAUCACAAGCGCGAGGUCAUCUCCACGGCACCAUCUGGAUCGGCAUACGUACAGCAUGCACCGUCCUCGUCAGCAGCUGCUGCUGCACCGCCAUUGGCGCAUUCGAAGAGCUCAUCGUCGGCAGUUGGCGGUGUUGUGGCAGUAGGUGCUGUCUCAGGUGCCGCUGCAGGUCCGCCAUCGUGGGGUGCACCGCAAGUGUAUCAUCGCCAACAGCAAACUCAUACAGCCGUACAAGUUGUUGCACCAUCAGCGCAGCAGCAACAAUCACAACCACAGCAUCAACAUCAUCAACAUCAAGCGAAUACACCGAUUGGUGGUUCGCCAGCUGCUGCUACAGCAGUAAUGUUGCAGCCGGAUAUAUAUGCACAGGGUGACAUGUACCGACGUCCAACGGUGUUUGUAUCGCAAGCGACUCCAACAUAUGCGUACAAUCGGGCUGCAGUUGCACCGCCGCCAGCACACAACAGUUCGAGUCGUCAGGUAAUACCAUCGCAUCCACUGCCCGCUCAUAUACAUUUUCCCACACAGUAUAGCCAAUUUGGUCCUCUGAGCCCAGCACAAGUUGCCGCCAGCAAGCAUGCGCAUUAUGCUCCGGCGAAUAUAUGGUACGGUGGAGAAUAAACUGGUUUAAAACACUCGAAUCUUUUCUAACUGAUUGUGUUGGCAGCAACAGCAGAUUUAAGAAAACCAAAUGCAGUAAAAAGAAUUACAACCACAACAACAACAACAAUAAAA